AAGGAUACAUACGGUAAUUGAUCAUGCUGGAUGUGGCAAGAUGGACGGCGACUUCUACGUCGAGGUGGGAGUUGAUACUUGUAUUCGUCAUUGGUUUGUGCUCUGGCCUGCUCAUUCCACGUGUCAUGCGAACCUUCCAGCGCUUCUCCACCGUCAAGGACAUCCCUGAUGCAUGCUUCCACCAGCGCAUGACACUUCGAGGUACCGUCGUAUCUGUGUCCGACGGCGACACGUUCCGCCUUCGGCACAUGCCGCUGUGGAGGGGGGUAGGGACGUACCCAACCAAGAAACCCACCGAGCACACGCUUCAGAUCCGACUGGCAGGCGUCGACACCCCGGAAAUGCCUCACUUCGGCAAGGAAUGCCAGCCCUAUGCCAAGGAAGCCAAGGCAUGGCUCGUGCACGAGCUCAAAGGCGCGGUCGUGACGGUGACCUUGCUACGUCGAGACCAAUACGGCCGCGCAGUGUGCAUGGUGACGUACAGUAAAUCGUGGUGGGCCGUCAAGAAGAACGUGUCCGAAGAGCUAUUGAGAGUCGGCCUCGCCAAAGUCUACCGCUUGGCUGGAGCUGAAUACGGCGGCCUCCUCGACACGUUCAAUAUCCUCGAAGCCCACGCGAAGAAAGCCAAGCUUAACAUAUGGAGCCAAUAGCUCAUAAACGAAAUCACAUCAUCACACGUUUCAAGUGUCUAUCAUCGUCGUACUGUAGUUCCUAUUAUAA